CUUCCCAGAGAUCAGUCUCUCUGCUUCCGCCGCUCUCCCUUGUUAGCCUCUCCGCAGAACCAAAACUCUUAGACAAGGUAAAUCGAAGUGACUCAAAACCCUAAUCAGUACCAGAUUUAUGGUUCUUCCUGUUUCCGUUUUGCGUUUCAUCUGCUCCCUUUCAGCCGGCGGCUGUUUUUGUUCUCACUAAUGGAUGGUGUUUCUUUCUUGUUUUACUUUGCAGAUGAAUCGGGAGAAGCUCAUGAAGAUGGCCGGUUCUGUCCGCACUGGCGGAAAGGGAACCGUGCGCAGAAAGAAGAAGGCAGUGCACAAAUCGACCACCACUGACGACAAGAAGCUUCAGAGCACUCUAAAGAGGAUAGGUGUCAACACCAUCCCGGCUAUUGAGGAAGUCAACAUUUUCAAGGAUGAUUUGGUCAUUCAGUUUGUUAACCCUAAGGUGCAAGCUUCCAUCGUUGCUAACACUUGGGUCAUUACUGGUUCUCCUCAAACCAGAAAACUUCAAGAUAUUCUUCCAGGGAUUAUCAACCAGCUUGGCCCAGAUAACUUGGACAACUUGAAGAAGUUGGCUGAGCAAUUCCAAAAGGAGGCCCCCACUGGUGUGACUGGAGUAGUUCAGGAAGAUGAUGAUGAUGUCCCAGAACUUGUAGCCGGAGAGACAUUCGAAGCUGCGGCAGCGGAAGAAACCCGUACUUAAGGCUGGAAGCUCUGAGGGUCUUUUUUGUUUUGCUUUUCUUCAGAUUUGCUCUUAUUCUCUCUCCGUGGUUGUUACCUCCCUCCUUUUUUCCUUACUGAUGAACUUGACAAUUCUGUAGUAGUUUUUUGCUUUGUCAACGUUCCUUGUGAGCAGCUCAGAAACAAGUAUUACUAUGGAAUCGAGUAAAACAGUUUUAGGGUGUCAUUUAGUUGAUGGUUCUAGGUUGCUUCCAACCGUUAUGAUCGGAAGGUCCUGCUCAUGGUCUCUUAGAUUAUUGUAUUCUGUGCAUUUGUUGUGCAAGUUCCGGCUGCAGCUAAUAUUUUCAGGUCCCAAAAUUGUUCAUGUCAGGAUCUGUGCAUUGAUCGUAGUAUGGCCGACUGCCUCGAAUGAGCUUGGACGGGACUCGUUAGGCUUAGAAUGCUUCGAUUUUGGAUGGUGAUAGAAAAUCUAGUCUCGCUGAGUGUUUUGGAUGGUGAUAGAAAAUCUAGUAGGCGUCGUUUGGUUUUGGUGUUAGUUAAGUGAUAGUUAAAUUCAUAAAUUGAUGACAGUUUUGGUGAUAGUUAAAUUUAUAAAUUGAUGACAAUGUGAUAGUUAAAAAUAAUAUACAUGUAUAUAAGAAAAAUAGUUUAGUGUAGUUUACAUUGUUUGGUUUCUGUGAUAGUUAUUCAAAUAUUGAAAUAAGUUAUAUUACUUUUUGGAUGAAAUGUAACUUUUGCCCUUUGUUUUUUAUAUUAGAAAAGCAACACACAUAAAAGAUUGGGACAUAGUGGGAACAAAACAUAGGUUGGAACGAACACAUGCACUUGCAUGCAAUGAACAAACAAAAGGCACACUUGCAAGAAAUUAGUUAAACCUCUGGAUCCUGGAUACGGGUUCCAAGCAUCGGCGAGGAUUAAGAGGAGAAAGGAUCAGGCAAUUUGGCAGUCUAACCACGGUCAGGAUAGAUGGAACGAACACAUGCACUUACAUGCAAUGAACAAAAAAAAAAGGCACAUUUGCAAGAAAUUAGUUAAACCUCCGGAUCCUGGAUCCGGGUUCCAGGCACCGGUGAGGAUUAAGUGGAAGGAAGAGAAAGGAUCAGGCAAUUUGCCAGUCUAAUCACGGUCAGGAUAGAUGGAACGAACACAUGCACUUGCAUGCAAUGAAAAAAAAAGGUACACUUGCAAGAAAUUAGUUAAAACUUUCUCAUGGGUAAUGACUAUUUAUUAGUCAAAACUUUCUCAUAUUCUUUUUUAUUAACCAAACCUAUUGAACUAAUAAUUAAUCAAAUGUUAACAUCCACUUAGCAAUUUUUUUAGUAAUAUUGACUUGGCAACAUGAUACAGACUUGGAAGAGUCACAUAGAAGUCAACAUUCCAAAAUUUUAGCAUUUUAACUAAGAAAAGAGUUACAAAAUUAUUAACGAUAAUGUAAAAAUGGCUAAUACUUUGACGUGCUACAAAGAGUUUGGCUAAUUAUUAGUAUUUCAAUAGAUUUGGAUAAAAUAAAAGAAUAUGAUAAUAAAUAGACCUUACCCUACAAACAAUACAAACUAAAACGACAAAUAUGAUGGAAAAACACUCGGGUUGACUAUGGAGACUCCAUCCCUAUAUAGAGUGAUUUUCGUCCCAAAGUCAACCCGAUUAUUUUUUUGACAUACGAACAUUACAAACAUGUGGACAAAAAUCACAAACUAGACCGACAAACGUACAAAAUGAAAAAACACUCGGGUUGACAUUUGAGGAUCCAUCUCUAUACAGAAGAGUUCCAUCCAAAAGUCAACCAGGUUGUUUUUUAAAAAUAAAAAACAUUACAAGCAUGGUUGACAAAAAUGACAAACAUGGUGGGCAAAUAACAAAGCUUACAAACAUUACAAAAGAAUCCGACAAACAUUACAUAAAUAACAAAGAUUACAAACAUUACAGAAUAAACCGACAAACAUUACAAAGCAUACUAACAGUACAAAAUAACGCUACUUACAAUACAAAUCAGUAAAAUUGUAUUACAAAUCAAUGAAUACAAAGUAUACCAAUCAUAACAUAAGUAUACAAACUAGACUAACAAAUAUUAUAAAUAAAAAUAUAUACAAAUUAGUUAUAUAAACAUUACAAACACAAUCCACCAAUAAUAUAUAGUACACUUUUGUGUACUUUUCUCCAUUUCAAAUUUUCUGCUCUCUCCUUAAUUUUAGGUAGGGGUGUAGUGGUAAUUAAGAAUGUUAAUAAUUAAAAAACUAUUAAAAUUAAAAAUAUGUUUAAACGUGGGGAAGUUACCCACCAAACUUUCAGUUUUUUGGGUAGCAUUUUUUAUUUAUUAUAAUAACAAUUAAUCUUUAUUUUUUAGUAUUCUUAAUCUUUCAAUCAUCUUUUCAUAGUGUGAACACAUUUUACUCUAUAAUUUUACUUUUUCUUUGAUUCUUCUAUUAUAAUUAUGGAUUUGUAUUUCAUUUAUUCUAAUUCCGAAUUCAAAUAUUUUUGUGUAAUAAAAUCUUAUAUAUUUUUAUGUACACAAGAUAUUAAUUUUGAUAUGUUUUAAAAUAAAAUAUUUUAUUCUCCUGAACAUGUGGUCAUCAAACCCCAAGGGUUGACCUAAUGAUAAUGUGGGGAUGAGAUUAUACCAGGAUAUAUUAGUUGUGAACGAUCAUAGUAUAAAUUUAUAUAAAGAAGGCAUUUGCAUAGUAUCAAUUUACAUGAUAGUUUUAGAUGCCUAAAGUAACAAUUGAUGUCGUAACGAAUUUUUUUUUAAAGUAUGCAAAAGUUUAUUUCAGUGUGUGAUUACAACUACAUCCAAUUUAUUGGAUUACAUGGAUUGGAAUUAAUCAACUAGGUUAGUGUUCAGACUUCAGAGCCACACACUUUGAGAUAGAGAUAUUGAAGAUGUAAGUAAAUGUAUGGUUGACAAAAUUAGCUUUAUUAAUUACUUGAAAGGAUAUUAAUCCCACUUUAGUUCCUAGGAAAUCACCACAAUCAUACAUUUAUUAAGUUGAAUCUAAAAAUUAUGUUAAUUAUUGCAUAUUCGCAUAUUUUGGGCUAUGAUGUUGUACAGUAGAUUUUAGUGUUAAGAAUUAGAGAAUUAAUAGUUUAGACAGUAUAUUUUCAAUGUAUUGACUUGAGGAUAUAUGGUUAAUCGUAUAGGAUGAAAGAGAAUAUGUAUAAGCUCAUAGAGACAUGUUUACUUGGAUUCAAAUUUGAGGUUUAGAUUUAUGAUGACAAUUAGAUAAAUAUAUAUUUUUUAAAAUAUUUAUCAUAAUUAUUUUUUGAACCAUUUUCUUAUUUAGAGAUUUCAAAAUUUUGGGCUCUGAGCUUAAUAUAUUAUAUGUAGGCAAUCGGUGGCUAAUGACUACAUAACCUAAACACUAAUAUGUUCUUUCGAAAAGAUUGAGUUGAGAGUUAAGGAUUAAUGAUGGAAUAUUUAUUUUGUUUGAGGGUUUUGUUUCAGAUGUGAUGUGAUUGUAUGAUUGAAUUGUUUGAUUAGACUAUUUAUUUUAUUGUCAAAUACUAAUUUAACUUUCAUAAUCUAAGUUAACUUCCAAAAUGAUUAAUGAAAUUAAAAUUUCUAUACUAUAUACUAUAGUAAAAAUUAUAUGAGAACCAUUUUAUUAUUGCAUCUACCAACCGAAAGUGUAAUUUACGAAAAAUUAAAAUAUAAAAGUUCCGGCCAACUGGCCGGAUUAAAAGCUAGUAGACAAAAACAACAAACUGGAAUGAUAAACAAUAUAAACCGAAUUGACAUAAACAUUACAAACGAAACUCAUAAACAUUACAAAAUAGGUAUACAAAUAUCACGAUUCCAGUACUGCCGCCGGAUAAUCCUCCCCCGCCGUCUUUGGUUGCCAGAAAAUCCGCGUCGCCGAUCGACCGGAAAUCCAAUGUCAUCGGAGACUCUCUCUCGAUCUCUCGAAUGGGAAGAAAGGUAGAAUUAAUUUUCUUCGUGUGGCCUUUUCCCAUGAAUCUCCGACGGCUAGUCCAUUAUCGACGCUUGAAUUAAUUUCCUCCCCUAGCCCCUGGCCUGCGGAGGCGGUGAGGGACGACAGGGAGAGAAAUUAUGCCGCCGAAGGAUUCCGCCGCCGGGAGGGUAGAAUUCCAAAAAAAAAAAUUCUCAGCGCAGCUGGACACUGCGAGGGAGGAAGGACAAAUUUUUUUUUUUGUUUUAAUUGCUAAAUAAAUUAAUUAGAUAAUCAUUGCAUUGUCUUUCAUUAAGUUACAUUAAUCAUAGUCAUUGAAUUUUACUGAAGUGGAAGAGCUAAGAUUUAUUUAGUUAUGUCACUAUGUCAUCCUCCUCCCCCUAGUCACAUGAUCUUGAUCUUAGCCUCAGAUUAAAUAAGUAGAAGAUCUAUCCAUCUGGCUGAAACCAUCCACGAUAAAUAACACCAAAAAUAACCACCUAGUACUGGAUAUAAUCUAUGUAAAACUGAAUUAGAGGUGGUAAGUAAAAUCCAAAUCAUGGAUUGGUGAAUUAGAUUGAUGAAUUCAUCAUCAUAUCAGCCGGUGAAUUAAAUUGUGCUCCCGGCCGAGCUUCUGCAACAGCAGGUUGCCUUUGCAGAUUUGAGGGUGGAAUAAACUUACCUUGCUGCAAUUCUCUAUUAUCCCAGGUGUGCGUUUAAUUAUUUCUAGAUUCAUGUCGACAAAUUACAUUUAUUAAUACCAACUUAAGACACAAAUCUAUUGAAUCCAAUCCACAAAUUCUCCCAUGAAUCUGAUAUACAAAUCUAUUGAGAGUUCACGCACUUCAAGCUUAACAUCAUACUGAGCCUAGAACAGGGGAACAAAUGAUAUUUAGGCAAUUCUCGUAUUGGGUACUGGUUACGAAGCCAUCAAGAAAACGAUGAGCAUUUCAGAUCCAGACUUCGUAGUUGCAACUGCAAGUAGCCACCCCAGCCAUGUGAUGCGUUUGGCAUCGCACAGAAAAAGAAAAGGAUGAUCAAUUAUUUUCUAGUAGCAUUGCAAGAUCAAAUAUCAAAACAAGGAGAGCGAUGCAAAAACCUGGUUAAAAGCACGAUCGGACCACAUUGACCAAUCGAUACAGCGACGGUUGUACAGUACCAUUGAUCAAAUGACAACCUCCAAGUAAGCUUAAAGUCGACCGACUCUUUGCAUCUCAUCCAUGGAGAUGUGAUAAAUAUAGAAUGGAAAA